CACAUCAAAGUUGCUUUCGGACGCGUUUGUUUCGUUCUGUGUCGGGUGUAGUCAAAGCAAAGUUUUUCUUAUCGAUAAAGUGAUUUAAUUUGUGAUAAGGCGCGAGUUGAGAUGGUUUGAGUGUUUUUUUUUUGUGAGCGAAAUUUCAUAGUGACAAAGUUAAAGUGGUCUGAGUCAUAAUAAUGGCUUUGGGUAACGGGAGCACUCCGAAUGGGGGUGUUACCCAGGAAAAGGCCCCGGUUGUCAAUGGUACCAACAUGGAAACGCUUCCGAGGGCUGGAAAACAGACUGAUCCGAAUACAGCUUUUUUGAGGGCAGCGAGGGCGAAUCAGCUGGACAAAAUUCAAGAAUAUUUGGAUUCUGGGACAGUGAGAGAUAUUAAUACGUCAAAUGCGAACGGUCUGAACGCUCUACAUCUGGCUGCAAAAGAUGGCCAUGUCGAGAUUGCUCGAGAAUUACUAAAACGAGGUGCUAUAGUUGACGCUGCCACCAAAAAGGGAAAUACAGCACUUCACAUAGCAUCAUUGGCGGGACAAGAAGAAAUCGUGAGAUUGUUAGUUCAGCAUGGUGCUUCUCUUAAUGUACAAUCACAGAAUGGAUUCACUCCACUCUAUAUGGCCGCUCAAGAGAAUCACGAUGGUGUUGUUAAGUAUUUAUUAUCGAAAGGAGCUAACCAAACGUUAGCUACUGAGGAUGGUUUCACACCGCUGGCAGUAGCAAUGCAACAAGGCCAUGACAAAGUCGUUGCCGUUUUACUCGAGAAUGACACAAGAGGAAAAGUAAGACUCCCCGCUUUGCAUAUAGCCGCCAAGAAAGACGACGUUAAAGCAGCCGCUUUAUUAUUACAAAAUGAACAUAAUCCAGACGUAACAUCCAAAAGCGGUUUCACACCGUUGCAUAUAGCUGCUCAUUACGGCAACGAUAAAGUGGCAUCAUUGUUGUAUGAUAAGGGGGCUGAUGUUAAUUAUGCAGCAAAACAUAAUAUUACACCGUUACAUGUUGCUAGCAAGUGGGGUAAAAAUAAUAUGGUUACGUUAUUAGUGGCUAAAGGUGCAGAUAUUCAGGCGAAAACGCGAGAUGGACUUACGCCUUUGCAUUGUGCCGCUCGAUCAGGACACGAUCAAGUGGUUGACAUGUUGCUGGAAAAUGGGGCCCCGAUGCAUGCGAAAACGAAGAACGGAUUAGCCCCUCUUCACAUGGCAGCUCAGGGCGAACACGUGGACGCAGCUCGUAUUCUACUCUACCACGGUGCUCCUGUUGAUGAAGUCACAGUCGAUUACCUCACAGCCCUUCAUGUAGCAGCCCAUUGUGGUCACGUCCGGGUCGCUAAAUUACUCUUAGAUCGUGGUGCUGACCCUAAUGCUAGAGCUUUAAACGGUUUCACUCCCUUACACAUCGCCUGUAAGAAAAACAGGAUAAAAAUGGUCGAACUUUUACUCAAGCAUGGUGCAAGCAUUGGUGCUACGACCGAAAGCGGUUUGACACCUCUUCACGUCGCCAGCUUCAUGGGUUGUAUGAAUAUUGUUAUUUAUUUACUCCAACACGAUGCUAGUCCCGACAUUCCGACGGUGCGAGGCGAAACUCCACUGCAUUUAGCUGCGAGAGCUAAUCAGACCGACAUAAUUCGAAUCCUUUUACGAAACGGUGCCGCUGUAGACGCUAAAGCCCGAGAAGAACAAACACCUCUCCAUGUUGCUUCCCGGCUUGGAAACGUCGACAUUGUAAUGUUACUCUUACAACACGGUGCUCAACCUCAUGCUACAACAAAAGAUCUUUACACACCAUUGCAUAUCGCCGCCAAAGAAGGCCAAGAAGAAGUCGCUUCGGUUUUGCUCGAUCAUGGUGCUGAUUUAACAGCAACAACAAAAAAAGGUUUCACUCCUUUACAUUUAGCAGCUAAAUACGGCCACUUGAAUGUGGCUAGAUUAUUAUUACAAAGGGACGCUCCAGCCGAUGCGCAAGGAAAAAACGGUGUUACACCUCUUCAUGUAGCCGCUCAUUAUGACCAUCAACCUGUCGCUUUGUUGUUACUAGAUAAAGGUGCUUCUCCACAUGCUGUUGCUAAAAAUGGACAUACGCCGUUGCAUAUUGCUGCGAGAAAAAAUCAGAUGGAUAUUGCCACAACUUUGCUAGAAUAUGGUGCUCAAGCAGACGCUGAAUCGAAAGCCGGUUUUACACCGUUGCAUCUUAGUGCACAGGAAGGCCAUUCGGACAUGUCUUCGUUACUAAUGGAACAUCAAGCUGAUCCGAACCAUGCAGCCAAAAAUGGCUUAACUCCUCUACAUCUUUGUGCUCAAGAGGACCGAGUGUCAGUGGCUCAACUAUUACUAAGAGCAGGCGCACAAAAAGAUGUCCAAACAAAAGCAGGAUACACACCACUUCAUGUCGCUUGCCACCAUGGCCAUGUAAAUAUGGUGCGAUUACUUAUAGAACAAGGUGCUGAAGUGAAUCCGGUCACCAAUGCGGGUUACACACCUUUGCAUCAAGCCGCCCAACAAGGCCACGUCUUGGUUAUUAGUUUGUUAUUGAAAAAUAAAGCCAAUCCAAAUGCAGUAACACAGAAUGGACAAACUGCGUUGGGUAUUGCAAAUAAAUUGGGUUACAUUAGUGUGGUUGAGGAACUCAAAGUUGUGACAGAAACCAAUAUUACGACUACUACGACUGUAAAUAUUGAAGAAAAAUACAAAGUGAUGGCGCCUGAAGCCAUGCAGGAAACGUUUAUGUCGGACUCCGAGGACGAAGGAGGCGGAGUGGACGAACCGCCCGUGGCUUACGGUCGACCAACGCAUGCUCAGCACGUCUAUCUACCCUUCUACCAAGGACACAUGACCUAUACACGUGAUGACCCAAUACUUGGUGAUCAACAACAGUACAAAUAUAUGACAGUGGAUGAUAUGAAAUCUCUGGGAGACGACUCGAUGCGUAUGGACGUAACGCGCGACGAAAAAAGUGAAUAUAGAAACUCAAUGGCUCCGUCACAUAUAAGCAAUGAACUUAUAAUAAAUCCUACCCAUGUGAAAGAAUAUUACACUAGCAAUACAUAUUCAGCUCCUGACAAUGUGGAUAUAAACCGACAACCAAUCACAGUUGGCUUAUGCAGACAAGAGUGGUCCAAUCUAGAAUACUCAUUGCAUCUUCUGGGUCCCAAAAGUCAAGGAUCGGGUCUAUGCAGAGAAAGCUUCUUGGUGUCUUUCUUGGUUGAUGCACGAGGAGGUGCAAUGAGAGGAUGUAGACAUUCAGGCGUUCGAGUUAUUGUCCCUCCUCGUUGUGCUUCGAGUCCUACAAGAAUCACUUGUCGUUAUAUUCGGCCUCAAAAGACUCCCAAUCCUCCGCCUUUGAUGGAGGGUGAGGCUUUAGCCAGUAGACUUUUGGAACUGGGACCUGUAAGUGCCAAAUUUUUGGGACCAGUCAUUAUCGAAGUACCACACUUUGCGUCUUUGAGAGGAAAACAACGCGAAAUUGUUGUUUUGCGCUCUGAUAACGGGGAGACUUGGAAAGAGCAUACUUUAGAGGCCAACGAAGAGGCUAUUCAGGACGUACUCAAUCACAGUUUUGACGGAGAAGGUACAAAUUUUCAAACUUUGAGCAAUUUUUUAUUUUUAACUCUUGUAGAAUUGAGCCAAAUCGAAGAUCUUCACACGAACCGAAUUACACGAAUCUUGACCAAUGAUUUUCCGCAUUAUUUUGCUGUCGUAUCCAGAAUUAGACAAGAAAUUCAUGCUAUUGGUCCAGAUGGUGGCACUGUAUCAAGCAGUGCUGUUCCACUUGUUCAAGCUGUCUUCCCACCAAACGCUCUUACGAAAAAAAUCCGAGUUGGGCUUCAAGCACAAGCAAUUGAGCCUGAGUUUGUGUCUAAACUGUUAGGUCACGGUGUUGCGGUGUCACCAAUUGUUACAGUGGAACCAAGAAGGCGCAAAUUCCACAAAGCCAUCACAUUGAGUAUGCCGGCACCAAGAGCACACUCUCAGGGAAUGAUAAAUCAGUAUUCUGGAUCAGCACCAACGUUACGCUUAUUGUGUUCUAUUACAGGAGGCCAAAAUAAGGCAGUUUGGGAAGAUGUCACCGGCUCUACACCUCUCACAUUUGUCAAAGAUUGUGUAUCUUUUACAACAACAGUGUCUGCACGUUUUUGGUUGAUGGAUUGUAGAAACGUAUCAGAUGCUGCAAGAAUGGCAACUGAUUUAUACAACCAGGCUGCCCAUGUUCCAUUCAUGGCAAAAUUUGUCGUUUUCGCCAAACGCGUGAGUCUUUUCGAAUCUAGAAUUCGCGUCUUCUGCAUGACCGACGACAAAGAGGACAAAACCCUCGAACAUCAGGAGCAUUUCGUUGAAAUUGCAAAAAGUCGAGACAUUGAAGUUCUCGAAAAUAAGGAUAUUUUUAUGGAAUUUGCCGGUAAUUUGGUGCCGGUUUUGCAAUCCGGUGAACAGCCGAGACUUGGGUUUAAAGCGUUCAGAGAGAAUCGAUCUGCUUUUACUAUGCGACUACGAGAUCCGGAUGAAGAACCAGUCGGACGUAUUGUGUUCAUGAGUGAUUCAAAAGUGGCGAAAGGGGAGCCCAAUCAAACGCCACUGUGUACUCUCAACCUCGUUUUACCCAAAGAAAUACUCCCGGAUCGGGAUUCGCAGUCGGACUUGCUCUCACUUGAUGUUGAUAAUAGCUUCUUGCAUCACGGAGGCAUAAGUAAACCUGAUACGAUCCAUCGUGCCGACUUCCGAAUCUCAGACAUUUGUAACUUAUUGGAUGAAGAUUGGGUAAAGCUUGCAGCCGAACUUGAUAUAACUCCCACUGAUAUUGCAUUAAUAAAAGAAGAAUAUCCGAAUAAUAAUCCUCAACAAGCGAUGAUAAUGUUUCGGUUGUGGUUAAGACAAAAAGCAAACAAAGCUACAGGAAACAAACUUGAAUUGGCUUUGAAGAAAAUCGGGCGACCGGAUAUUGUUUCUAAAUGUAUUUGUAAUGUUGAACUCGUCACUGAUGAUAUGGAGAAGGCUUUGGCUAAAGUACGUCUAGAUCAGUCCGGAUUUGAUACGCUGAAAGACGAAUUGGGUUCUUCAAGGGACACUUCUUUGAAACGCAACUUCAGCCUCAGCAAGGCAAGCCAGGAAGAGUUGGACAAAAGCGACAGAAGCAAUGAUUUCCACAAUCAGAAUUCUACCGACAAAGACGUCACCGACACAACCAGUGACCAUCUUUCGAUGAAGAAAGAUCACAAGGAUGAGAAUCAAUUAGAUAACAGAGCCACUACUCCCAAUGCCAAUCACGAUGAAGUGCUCGAAGAAAUAACUCAACAACUAACGAAUCUCCAAACCACUCAUCCCAAAUUAAAUGUCGAUACAAAUGCCAACACACCUCCUCCCAGUCCCGCCGAAUUCCAUUUCGAUAAAGAAGCCAACUUCACAAAUCAAAUACAUCCGGUCAAAGGAACCACCACUUCAGAAAUCAUAACUUCAACACCUUUGAAAACAACGAAUCAAGUCAUCGACGAUGUUUAUGUUGAUCCAAUUGCAGUUCUUAAAAAGAAUGUCAGUGAUACUUUGACUUUUUUGCAUCAGGAACGUAACGAUUUCUUACCAGAGGACGAUAUAAUCAUUCCGAGUCGGAAAGACGAUCACAUUUCACGUAAAAUCGAUCUUGAUAGUAUUAAUCUGAAAAAUCAGAAGAAAACAGACGACCUGAAAAAUGUUGUACAAAGCGAAGUCGAUAAUGUAAUCAAAAAGGCUGAAUGUGUAGUUAACGAACUUACUGAAAAAAGCGACAAUAUAUUAGACGAUUCUUUAGAUAAUUUGGAAAGUCUUAAAGAUGAUUCCAUAUCAAACGCCCAAGAAGCUUUCAAAUUCCUCGAAAACGAAAUUAGUGGUCCCCCAACACCGAUCAAGGAUGAAUCAAAUAAAUUUGUCACGUUCUUUGAAGAAUCGAAUAAAUCUAGUGCAAUACCUAUAGCAAAACCACGACAAAUCGAAAAAGAAAAAGAUAUUGACUUGUUGUUUUCGUUAAAUGGUUGCGAAUCAGUGUCGCCAACCACCAACGACGACUUGUUGAGUAAAAUCCCGAUUAAAGGUGGCAAAGUAAAAACGAUAAAAAAACACUCGAAAGACCCUCUUAAAGAAUUCGUCAAGUUGGCACAAGAGGUGAAUUGGGACGACAGUGAUGACAAUAUCACUGAGAAACUAGUGAACGUGACGAGCGAUCAUCCUAUAGUGAAAACAACACCAACUCGUAUCACUACAGAACCAAUCACUGAAAAAAUAAAGAGUAAGAUUCCGGUUCUUCAUACGGAAACACUGUCACCGACUGAAAUCACUGAACGAUACGAAAUAUCGCCUAAAAGUAAAAUCCCGAUUUUGAAAACAGAAACAACAUUCGUCGAGACGACUGUGGUGUCGCCCGGUUCGAAAAUUUCGACAAAGAGUAGUACACUUGAUUCGGAUUCGGAUGACGAUAGUCCGAGGAGUCCGCCUUUGAAAGGGAUUUUAAAGAAGACUGUGGGGAGUUCGAGUGGAUCGGACGUGGCGUUGCAUGAAGAAGGUGCUGAAUUGAGUGAGAGUGAAACAGAGGAUUUAUACCAGCAAGAUCAACCUCAAUUCAGCGAAACAGUAACAGAAGAAAUUGAUCCAGUAACUGGAGCAAAAAUCACUCGAACCAUCAGGACCGUCUCCCAAACUUUGACAUCGCCUGGAGGUAGGAGUGAAGAAGAAAUGCGUCAAUCCAUGCAAAACGUUUUAGAUCAGUUCAUGUCUGAAGAAAGGAGUACUCAUUGAGCAUUCUUUUCUAGUAGUAAUUAGGUAUUAUAUUGAUACUUAAAUUGACAUUUUUUAAGUUUCCGCAGGUAUUAUAUUACCAGUAAUUUUUUUUUUGAUAUUUUAUUUGAUCUAUAAUUUUAAUUGUGUAAAAAUUCCAAUGUACUUUUAUCAGUUCAAAUGACCAAUUUUUAGCGUUGUGAGUUUGUAUGUAAUAAAAUUAGGAAUUAAAACUUGCGAGAAAAGUGUUCUAAACAUAAAGUUUUCAAAUAUGAAAUUAUGUAAGAAUAAAGUAAUAUAUUACGCAUUUCUGCUUUAAGUAGUUUUAAGAGCAGUUCAAUUCCAGUUAUGUAAAUUAUUUUAGCCUUUGAACUAGUGCCUAGAUUCUUGAAAUUUUGUCUUGAAAUGGUCCGUUUAUUUCAAGUAAAAAUUUUAUUGAACACUUGUUUUCUUUACUUCAUAGAAGAGCUGUUUAUCUUAAUGGUACUAAGCAUUUCCGCCAGUUGAUUACUUGUGAGAUUUUAUCAUAAUACAAAUAAAUUUUAAUAUAUUUAAUAUAAAUAAUUAAGCUUAUCUGGAAUAAAAUUGUAGAAAUGGUUGCUUCUAUCAUUAAUUAUAUUUAUUUCAAAAAUAAA